UUUUUCCUCUGUUGCUGUUGUUGUCAUCGUCGUUGUCUACCUAUAUUUUGGUGCAUGCAAGAGUGUACCGUGAAAAUGCGCAGGGUACAGUCUGAAUGGGAGAUGAAGCAAUUUUGCAUCACGGUACCGGAGUGAAGUGAGAGAACGAGCGAAUAAGUGUGUGGACGCAUUUGUAACGAGCGAAGCACAGUGAGUGCACGUAACAUGAGUCUGACUGACUCAUAUUUUAAUGCUAAAUGCAUCGCAUGUUCAUCCAAAUCCGCGCUAACUCCGUGUACGUGUGUAUGUGAGAGUGUUCGUAUGUGUGUGUGUGUGUGCAUAAGCCCCGUUGUUGACUUACUUUUUUCGCGAUGCAUUCGAAUCGGCCGUUUUGUAUGUGCUCUCAAAUUCAGCGCACAGCGAUAUUAAAGUUGGGAGCUGCAAGAGAUCGUAGUACACGAGUACACACUACACUACACUACAGUCAAUAGGGAUCGAAACCGACGAUUUUGUGUGUGCACACAUUUUGUUGGGUUUGCCUGUUUGUGUUGAGCCUGUUUGUUAUUGCCGUGCUACUGGUACUGCGGCUGCCGCUGCUGAUGUUCAUUUGGUGUGUCUCUUUUAUUUCACGUUUUAUUUUAUUUAAUUGGUACGGCCGUUGUGUGUAUACAUAUACCAUUCGCCUGCUCAAGCUUUUGCUGCACAUACAAUCUAUUUUAUUUAUUAGCUUAUUCCUUACUACUUUCGUCGCCUGCACGUUUGCUUGCUGGCCGGCCGAUCAUUGCCAUACGAAAAGUGGGAUUCAAUGUUUGUAUAUAAAUGAAAAUAAAGCAAAAAAAAUAAAGACACACAAAAAAAACAACACACGAAGUAACUCCUAACUAAACAAUCGAACGGGGAAAUGAAAUGAAAGACAGAAAAAAAACAUCGAUUGAGGUAAAUAAAUGUGAAUUUAUUUGUAUAUAAAAACCAAAGUAAACAAACAGUCGUCGAGAGAAAAAGAGAGCGAAAAGAAAAAGGCGAAAAAAAAAUUCAUGAAUUUUCGGUGACAGUCAGCAAAUUAAAUCAGAAUAUUAUGAUGUUGUCGUUGUUGCUAUUGCUUGUUAAUCUCUUUCGUAAGCGCACAUUGAAAUCAGAGAUGAACGUGUGAUUUUGCAUCGGGUGCAAUAUGAUACGCACACAAUUCAAAUUCGAUUCAUUUUCAUCACGAUUGUUAUUGUUUUGGAAUGAGAAUCUGAGCUUGAGCUUCAAUGUGACUCUACUUGUUGUUGGGCUCAUUUUUUUGUCGGACGUUUCGGCGGAAAAAACCUCGAUAUAAAAUAGACACCAUAGACAAAACAAUGGAUCAUGGGCGAUGUAAACAAAUGCGAUCACAUUGAAAGUAGAAAAGAAAAGAAGAAAAAGAUCGAUCGAGUGCAGUUUAGUAUCGUUGAUCAUUGACUUGCUGCUUUGUUGUUUUUUUUUUGCUUCUUCUUUUGUACGUAUCCACGGUGUGAGUGUGCAGAUGAGGUUCGCGCCCGAUUUGUAUCACAUACACACACAAUUCAGGUUGUUUUCAUUUCAAGCGAUCAUCGCGGCUAUGUCUUUCACAAGAAUCGCUUAGUUGUUCUUUGAAUGCUAUUUAGAAGAAAAAAAAGGUUAAGGUAAAACGAAUACCCAUCCCAGCUACGAAAUUACCAACAGUAAGAACAAAUUAAUAGUAAAGAGCAAUAGGGAGAUAGAGAGAAAGAAUGAACAGAAAAAAACGGGUAAAAGGGUUCUCCACACGCGUAUACAUGUAAAAUCCCAUUUGAAUCACACACACACACACACAAUAUGCUCUCUGUUCCAUAUUCAUCAUCAUCAUCAUUCACCAUAUAUCCAUAAUAGCAAACUAUACACAUUUGCACAAUAUGCACAGGCAUCGAGCUAACGUUCAAUCCAUUUUACCUAUACACAUAUCGAUAGUUUUGUGAGCAAUGGCAGCGACAGCGGCAGCAGCAAUAACAGGCACACACAUCUCGCACACCCAAGCAAACGGCAUACGCGAUCGUCCGAUUCGAUUAAGCGGUGCGCAUAUGACGGCAUUGGGUUAGACAAAGAUAGCAAAACAUUACGGCCCAUACAGCAUUAAACGUUUUUCUUUAUUGUUGUAUGUUAUUUGAUGAAUGUAAAUGUUCGUUCGCUCGCUCGCUCGUUCGCUUUGUGUGUUUGUUAUACCGAUAUACAUACACGAUCCGAAUACGUGUAUGAGCACGUUCGUAGCAAAUCGUACAUGCUAUAUUGGGGCCCCGUAUGUUGUUUAUUUCAUGAUGUGACUGGUUCUCGUUUCGUUUCAUUACUAUUCAUUCAAUCCUUCUUUUUCAUAUUUGUUUUUUUCCUUUCGGAUCGAUGUGUCUCUGUCUCUGUUGCUCCUUCGGUUCACUGUUACGCGCGCCCAUCGCUCGUUCGUUCGUUCGGUGGCUACGACGAUUUUCAAGCACACACAAAAAAACAACCAGCCCAAUACACAGACACAUGUGCUGCUGCUGUUGCUUGCUACACACGGCACCAUCGUAUGUGAAUAAAAAUAUACCACAGAAUUCGUGCAAUUCGUCUUUCGAAUGUUGGUAAUAACGGGCAAUACGGAGAACACGGACAAUACGACAGAUUUAUUAUACAAUAAGUGUUGUGCUGUGUAACCUGUGUGUAAUACAUAUUGGUUCUGUGACCAUUUAAUUAUAUUUAUAUUUUUUUUUAUUUUUCGUUUCGUUUCGUUCAUUAUUAUAUUUUAUUUUUUUAUGAUUUUUCCGUUGGUUUAAUUUGAUUUUAUUAAUUAUUGCGUUCACGGUUUUUGGUUCUGAAAAAAAAACGUUUUCUGAAGUCAAAAUAAAUUUUGCGCGUGUUUGCGUUUUCGUUCUGAUUUCGUCGCCUCGAUCACACAAAAAACACACCGAUUUGAUAAUUUGAAACGAUUUUUUUUAUGUGUUCAUUAUAUCAUUUUCGUGUUGAACUCGAAACACUUACUACUUCUUACUUGGCAUCGAUUGCGCGGCAACUUAUUAUUUGACUAGAGUGAAUGUAAAAAAAAAAAAUAUUAUUCGUGCGUGUAUGGGAUACUCCAAUUGAAAGUCCACUGAAGUUGAGCAAAAACAACAACAACAACAACAGACUAAAGUUUCAGUUCAUAUUUUUUGAAAGUUUGAUAAAAAGAUACAAAUCAUACAUGAAUCACAGAGAUCGAAUGUCGCAUCCUUCGGAUCCGAAACUAACAGCGCUAGCGCUGAAUUUACGAAAAGACAGUUUACUUGGAACCGCCAACAUUACUUCGCCGUGGACACCAGUUGGCUCCGGGGCGGCUGGUCCGAUGGGAUCAGUCGAUCUCCUUGGCGUCGAUAAACACUUGGAUGUGGGUGAUAUGAGCGAUGAUGACAAAGAUCUAUCGUCGGCCGAUGCUGAAGGUGUCUGGAGCCCAGAUAUUGAGCAAAGUUUUCAAGAAGCUCUCGCCAUCUAUCCACCAUGCGGCCGGAGGAAAAUCAUCCUUUCGGACGAAGGGAAAAUGUAUGGCCGAAAUGAGCUUAUAGCACGAUACAUCAAAUUGAGAACGGGCAAAACAAGAACCAGAAAACAAGUGAGCUCACACAUACAAGUUUUGGCCAGGCGAAAAUUGCGAGAGAUUCAAGCUAAACUCAAAGUGCAAUUCUGGCAACCGGGUCUCCAACCAAGCACUUCACAAGACAUUAAGCCAUUCUCACAACAGCCAUACGGAGGUAAACCGGCCACAGCAAUAUCGGGCGAAAUCGAUGCUGGACAUCCAUCUGCUCAAGCUUCAUGGGAAGGGCGAGCAAUCGCAACAAGUAAAUUCCGUCUAUUAGAAUUCUCCGCUUUCAUGGAAGUUCAACGAGAAGAAGUGUAUCGCCACCUAUUCGUUCACAUUAAUGGCAAAACGUCCUACUCCGAUCCAUUACUUGAGUCAGUGAACAUCAAGGAGAUCAGCGAUAAAUUCCCAGAAAAAUCAGGUGGACUAAAAGAAUUAUACGAAAGAGGACCACAGAACGCAUUUUACUUAGUGAAGUGCUGGGCAGACUUGAACACAAACAUUACAGACGAAGCCGGAGCAUUCUACGCUGUCACCAGCCAAUACGAAAGCAAUGAGAACAUCGUGAUAACGUGCUCGACAAAAGUGUGCUCGUUCGGCAAACAGGUGGUAGAAAAAGUGGAAACGGAAUAUUCACGCUUGGAAAGUUCAAGGUUUAUAUAUCGCAUUCAGAGAUCGCCAAUGUGCGAGUACAUGAUCAACUUCAUUCAGAAACUGAAGGGCUUGCCCGAACGAUACAUGAUGAACAGUGUUCUUGAAAACUUCACAAUUCUACAGGUCGUGUCAAACCGAGAGACCAAUGAGACAUUACUUUGCAUCGCGUAUGUGUUUGAGGUGGCGAACUCAAAUUGCGGCGCUCAACAUCACAUAUAUCGAUUGGUGAAGGAUCAAUCGCAGCAUUGAAUGAACAGCACCUGAGCCAUGCCAAUUGUGAUGCAAUAAGUAAUUGAAAAUCAUCGUAACAAAAACAUCAAAAUUUGUCUUUUUGAAACUAUAUACCCACGACGUCAUGAUCUUCAGUGCAUAUAUGUAUAUAUGCUCUUUCCCCCGGAUAAAUAUUUGCAACUCAAGAGGAUCAAUCAAAUGUAAUGUUCGAUUGUCUUUGCGAUUUCAUCGGUUUGUAUAAAAGAAAACAAUAGUUCUUUUUUUCUCGUGAGCGGCUACAACAGAACGGCGUCUAACGCAACAUGUUGUGCUCCUGCGAUUUCUUUUAUAAAAUUAAGUAUUAAACAAACGAAAAGAAGAUAAAGAAACGGAAAAGAUGCUGCAAGUGACAAUUUUUUUUAUAUAGAUUCAAAGUUGAUAUUAAUUUGACUUUCAUUUGCGAAAGAUCUACUCAAUGAUUUGGAUAGAAAUUUAUAAAUAAGUUUGAGUCCUAUCAACAGAACGUGGCCAUUCAGAAGAAAAAUCGCAUUCGAUCGAAGUCACAACCCCGUUUUUUUUCGUUGUUGCUCGGUUCCAAAAUCAACAGCCAAGUUUUGUGUGUGUACAACAAUUUAAUUUAAUAUCACUUUCUUUUCAUAAUAGUUUUUAUUUUCAAUUUUAUGUAUACUAUACGAGAUAUGAAUGUGUAUGUAUCAAAGAAAUGCACGUACGUGUGCGUACGAGAUAGAUGCAUGCACAAUCAUAUCCUACAAAUCAAACUCGUUCAAUGACUUAAAAUCGUGUCGCGUCAAAAACUCAGUGAAAAGAAACAUCAUUUGUAAACUUCGUGGAAAAACGUUCUCUAUCCCUCAAUCGGCUUUUCAUAAAUAGCAUCUAUUCGCGAUUCAGGCAAUCCAUUCGAUAAAAGAAGAGACAUGUGCUCGAAAAUUCCCGAACAUUUGUGAAAAUGACGGUAUUUUUAGUUUAUGAUUCAUUUAAAUGUCCACUGGCAUUAAAAACACUGCAAUAAAAGAAAGCUAUUUAUGAUAUAAUUUUUUUUUUAAAAUAUUUUCUACUUGACGCGCAAUCGAUAAUCGGGUGUCACCGCAUCGCAAAACAUCGAUUGAAUUUAGAAUUUUAGAGAAGCACAGUAAUAAAGAAAAUGAAGCACAAACACAAAUAAGGCCAUAAAUACAUAAAUAAUUCUCUUUACAUUUUUAUUGUGGAACAAAGAAGAAGAAAGAGUUGGGGUAGAGAAGACAGAAGUAACAAACCGAUGGCGCUAGCGCAUCGUAUUUGAAAUAUAUAAGCGAUCAAUUCGCGCAGUGAUCGAAUGUAUACAAAUUAAAUUUUCUCAUUCUAAAACUGCACACACUUUCUGCCUGAUCUGUUUUGAUCUUUCUAUUUUGAUUACAUUGUAUAAUUUACAUCUGUAUCUUUUGAAAUCUAACACAUGGAAAAAUAUUCAAAGAAAAAUAAUGUCAUUUAUUUAAAAAGAAAGAAACCGGAAACGGUCCAAAAUGUACGAACGAAAGCCAAUUCUUAACAUUAACAGAUGAUCUACUCAAAAGAAAAGCAAAGAAAUUUAUGUAAACGACAAACGAUUUGCCAUACAUACAACAAGCGCUAAAACAUCGUGUCAAAUGAAAUUACAAAGUCAAACCAUGUUUUUUUUUAGAAUUAUUAACAAAAUUAACGCUUCAUUUCGUUGGUCUCCACGAUUGAUAUCGUAGCCUAGGAUUAUGUUCCUAACCCCCGAACGAGUUUUUUUUUAAUUAUAAUUUUCUAAUGGCAAUAUAAUAAAAAAAAAGUCUUUCAAUUCUGCCAAAAA